AUGACGUUCGGAUCAAUAUUCGUAUUCUUAUUGAACGGGUACGGGAUGAGGGAGUCUGUGAUGUCCGAUGGCGCACAAGCCGUCAGACUCCUGAAGCUGCAAUGGCAACGUCUUGGCGGUCUCAAUGCCGAAACUGGCAGCUUUCAAGAUGAUGAGGUAGAGACUAAGCCACGGGAGGUGAUUGUGUACAAAAAGCAGGCCGACAAAGUGAAAACCAAAACAUCAACAUUCGAGUGCCCUCCUUCUUGUCCCAGGACCUUCAUAGCUUUCGCCAAGCCCCCAAAUCCUUCUGCCAUCCUAGGCUGUGGAGGGUAA